AUGGCCGCGGCCCCCGCGCCCCUGCUCGCGGGGCGGCGCCGAGCGGGACGCCAGGCGGAGGGCGCCCGCCGACACCGGGGCCACGGGACCAGCAUGGAGCAGGGUGGCCGCCGCCGAGCCUUCGGCAGCAUCUGCCCCAACACGGUCCAGGGCCCGCCAGCCCGCCUAGCCAAGAAGCCGGCCCGGCCCGGCGGGGGCACGGCGUGGACGCCCCCGGCCGCCCUGAGCCCCCGAGCUCCCCCGCCCCGUCCGCGCCUCAGCGGCGCCUCGCCGGCCCCCGCCGCGCCCGCCCUCGAUGUAUCCACCUUGAUGCCACCACCACUGGACUGUACUGAUUAUGAUUUCUCACUUGGUGAGGAGGUGGCUUUUGGCCCCAGCACCCCGCAGCUGCAGAGUAGUGUGCUGGUGCAGGUGCCCCCACAGCACCUGUCUUCUCCUGAGCCCUGCUGGAGGGACUUGGCAGACCAGCGCCAGAAAGCAUUGGGAGACGCCCUGGAAGCAAACAGCCAGCUGCAGGAGACCCUCACACAGAGGCAGGAAGAGCUGGUGACACUGCGAGAGAGCAACGUGCAGCUGAAGGAGCUGGCAAGUCAGGCCAGGCAGCUGGCAGCUGUCCUUGACACGCUGAUGCUCCCGCAAAGCGCCGAAGGGACAGCCCUUCCUCCUCCUCCUCCUCUUCAUCCUUUACCUUCUCCUCCCGCCGCCGCCCCGGCCGGGACCGGCCAGGAGGAUGCGGAGGGCGUGGACGCCAUGCUGCGGGCUGUGUCGGAGAAGUGCCGCGCCGCCCUGCGAAGCCUGGGGGGCAGCGCGGGGGACAGGCCAGGGGGCAGCCCCGGGGACACCCCGGAACACAGCCCGGGAGGCAGCCCCACAGCCAAGCGCCCGCGGCCGGGCCCGCGGCUGCACGGCGCCUUCCGCGGGCUGCGCACCGGCCGCGCCGCCCCGCGCCCGGUCGGCAGGGAGCUGGAGGGGGGCGGCAGCCUACGGGCUGCCCUGGGGGAAGCGGGAGCCAUCCGCACCCUGGCCUUCCCGCAGGGAAACGCCUUCACCCUCCGCACCGCCGCCGGCGGGCACCGCUUCCGAUGGGUGCCGCGCUGA